CAUUGACACUUUGUGAUCAAAAUAAUCACGGGGUUGAUCGUGGAAUGAGUCGAAGGAGUUCUUGUCAAGCUAAAAUGUAGCUGAUUUUCUGAAAAAAACUAUAAGGGAUGUGAUCUGGAGUUUAUAGCUGUGCAGACGACAGAUGACGACUCUGCAAGCAGAAAUACGUCUUAACAGUCUCAAAACUGUUGUGUUUCGAUUGGAAAGUUCCAUCAAUAAGCCAGUUGGAGAUGAGAACGUGCUGCUUGCUCCACUCUGCGAUGGCAUAGAGGCGAUUUUUAGAUUUGGAUUGAAGAGUUCCGUGUUCGGUCUCAAGAAAUGGGAUUACUGGUGUUGGAUAGAGGCGCUGAUCGAUUACCUCCCCAACGAUAGGCAGAAGUUGGCCUACAUACAUGCGGUAACGUUCGUAAAAUCAUGCAAGAAGAUCAACUCAUACCAGGGAUAUGGCCGACAAUUCAUUCGCCUCGCUCUGAUGAAGAGGCUUUUACCGUAUACAGUUCAGAGUCUAGCCAACUCACCCAUACUCAAGUACUGGUACAGAAACUCUGCAGUUGUUCGCGAUAAAGUUAUGAGAGAAAUGUUUCUGGAAAUCUUGAAAGAAGUAAAUGAGCAUGUUUUCACCCUGGACUUCAAGAAUUGCAGUUUCCUGGAUGAAACAUGGUUGAUUCCUGUUCUCAGGCACGUUGAAAUCGUACCUUGUAAACAGCUCGGCUUGAUUGUAAGAGCUGUGAACGGGAGAGUCAUAGUGGCUCAAGUGAGGAAAAACAGCGCUGCGGAAGAUGCUGGCAUCGCUUAUGGCGACACACUGGACGAGUUAGUAGGGAUAGUUCUGCGCAAGACCACGGCUGGCAAGGUUGUUGAUCUUCUGAAGCGAAACACCGGUAGGCCAAUUUCGUGUACGUUAGUAAAGGGCAAACUCCAUACUGGACAGCUUUUUCCGCCAUCCGCAGAGCGCAUGACUGUAAUUACCGCCGAUCCUUACAAGGAGAAGGAUAGCGACUUUGGCAAAGCUCCACAACAGCUGGCAGGAUUCGAGGAGACUCCAGUUCAUGCGUCAGACACAAUUGCUAUAUAUGCAGCCACGUAUUAUGGAAAAUUGGCAGUUGGAGGGGAUGGAGGUGUUGCAGUGAUUGAAGACUCUAUUUUGGACAUUUUAAAACAGAACAACAAACCAAGGCCUGUCUUCCUGAACCUAACUGAGACAAAUAUUGUGGUCACAGAUCAAGCGACAUCAAAGGUGUUGGGAACACACUCAUUUACUGAAACAUCGUCUUGUGGUCGACGCACUGACAGAAAAGAAAUGAUAGCUUUCGUUUCAGGGGAAACAACGUGCAAUAUGGCGAAAAAUUUUUAUUGCUAUGUAUUUGAGAUGACAACGGAAAGAAUCGCCAAAGUCGUUUUGUAUAGCAUUGCUGAUGGUUUCCUACGUACAGUGUGGUUUGUGUGAGGAACACAACUUCAAAUGGGACAUCGGGAUAGCCUCUGCACGUAGUGACACCUCAUGCAGUUCAAUACACAGUUUGUGUUUUUUAUUUCACCAACCAAAACGUGCCUCAAGUUGAUCUGAACUUGAAUGCCCGCGUUUUGAUGUACAUUUCAACGUUGCGUACUCUAUAUAGACGUGCACAAUGAUAACACACAGAAUUUCAUACUGAAUGGAGACAGAAUUUGUUACAUCAGCAGGAUAAGAGAGCUGUAGAAAUCUCACAGCAGCUUUUUGUAACUAAUGAGGGGAAAAAUUGAUUUUUUCCACUCAAAAUGUGAGAAGGGAAUUCGCUUUUCCUUUACGUUUGAGGACAAGGCCUUGUGUGCUAAAGGGUUCGAUGAGAAUUAACUAACUGACUUAAAUGUAAAUAUUUUUUUCUUAUUACAUCGGUGAGGCUUUGAUAUUCCUUUAGUUAGUUGAUUUACCAACGUCUUUCUAUCAAAUGUUAAUUUGACAAAAGAGGAAGGUCAAUAGAAGUAGCUGGAUCUGAGCUUUUAUUUAUGGGAAAUGUUUUUCCUAACCUGUCCAUGCACAUACGAAUUUAGGGUGGAAAUAUUUGGAGAAUUUCAGAUUUAAUCUUGCAUUAAGAGGGUUAUAUAGUUGACACAUGAAUUUUUUUGUUUUUAUUUAUUCUUU